UGUUUCCCGCGCGGGUGGCUCCAGUUCUGGGUUGCGCGGCGCGGCCUUUCGCACCGCCGCCGGCUCCUCAGCCAUCAUGGGCUUCCUGAAGCUGAUCGAGAUCGAGAACUUUAAGUCUUACAAGGGUCGACAGAUUAUCGGGCCAUUUCAGAGGUUCACCGCCAUCAUCGGACCCAAUGGUUCUGGUAAGUCAAAUCUCAUGGAUGCCAUCAGCUUUGUGUUGGGUGAAAAAACCAGCAACUUGCGGGUGAAGACUCUGAGGGACCUAAUCCAUGGAGCUCCUGUGGGCAAACCAGCUGCCAACCGGGCCUUUGUCAGCAUGGUUUACUCUGAAGAGGGCACUGAGGAUCGUACCUUUGCCCGCGUUAUUGUUGGGGGUUCUUCUGAGUAUAAGAUCAACAACAAAGUGGUUCAGCUACACGAGUACAGUGAGGAAUUAGAGAAAUUGGGCAUUCUCAUCAAGGCUCGUAACUUCCUCGUAUUUCAGGGUGCUGUUGAGUCUAUUGCCAUGAAGAACCCCAAAGAGAGAACAGCUCUGUUUGAGGAAAUCAGUCGCUCUGGUGAACUGGCCCAGGAGUAUGACAAACGAAAAAAGGAAAUGGUGAAGGCUGAAGAGGACACACAAUUUAAUUACCAUCGCAAAAAGAACAUUGCUGCUGAACGUAAGGAGGCCAAACAGGAGAAAGAAGAGGCUGACCGCUACCAGCGCCUAAAGGAUGAGGUAGUUCGAGCUCAGGUACAGCUGCAGCUUUUUAAGCUUUACCAUAAUGAAGUGGAAAUUGAAAAGCUCAAUAAAGAACUGGCCUCUAAGAACAAGGAGAUUGAGAAGGACAAGAAGCGUAUGGACAAGGUAGAGGAUGAGCUGAAGGAGAAAAAGAAGGAACUGGGCAAAAUGAUGCGAGAGCAGCAGCAGAUUGAAAAGGAGAUCAAAGAGAAGGAUUCAGAAUUGAACCAGAAGCGACCUCAGUACAUCAAAGCCAAGGAAAAUACCUCUCACAAAAUCAAGAAGUUAGAAGCAGCCAAAAAGUCCCUACAGAAUGCUCAGAAGCAUUUUAAGAAACGUAAAGGUGACAUGGAUGAAUUGGAAAAGGAAAUGCUCUCAGUAGAAAAAGCUCGUCAAGAAUUUGAAGAACGGAUGGAAGAAGAAAGCCAGAGUCAGGGUAGAGACUUGACUUUGGAGGAGAACCAGGUAAAGAAAUACCACCGGUUGAAAGAAGAAGCCAGUAAGAGAGCAGCUACCCUGGCUCAGGAACUGGAGAAGUUCAAUCGAGACCAGAAAGCAGAUCAGGACCGGCUGGAUCUGGAAGAGAGGAAAAAAGUAGAGACAGAGGCUAAGAUCAAGCAAAAACUGCGGGAGAUCGAAGAGAACCAGAAGCGAAUUGAGAAACUAGAAGAAUACAUCACAACUAGCAAGCAGUCCCUAGAGGAGCAGAAGAAACUAGAAGGGGAACUGACAGAGGAGGUGGAGAUGGCCAAGCGGCGUAUUGAUGAGAUCAAUAAGGAGCUGAACCAGGUUAUGGAGCAGCUGGGGGAUGCUCGAAUCGACCGCCAGGAGAGCAGCCGCCAGCAGCGAAAAGCAGAGAUUAUGGAAAGCAUCAAGCGCCUGUAUCCUGGUUCUGUGUAUGGGCGUCUUAUUGACCUCUGUCAGCCCACACAAAAGAAAUACCAGAUUGCUGUAACCAAGGUCUUGGGCAAGAACAUGGAUGCCAUUAUCGUGGAUUCAGAGAAGACAGGCCGGGACUGUAUUCAGUAUAUCAAGGAACAGCGUGGGGAGCCUGAGACUUUCUUGCCUCUUGACUAUCUGGAGGUGAAACCUACAGAUGAGAAACUUCGGGAGCUAAAGGGAGCUAAGCUGGUGAUUGAUGUCAUUCGCUAUGAACCACCUCACAUCAAAAAGGCCCUGCAGUAUGCUUGUGGCAAUGCCCUUGUCUGUGAUAAUGUGGAGGAUGCCCGCCGCAUUGCUUUUGGAGGUCACCAGCGCCACAAGACAGUGGCCCUAGAUGGUACACUGUUCCAGAAAUCUGGUGUGAUCUCUGGUGGGGCCAGUGACCUGAAGGCCAAGGCAAGACGUUGGGAUGAGAAAGCAGUAGACAAAUUGAAAGAGAAGAAGGAGCGGUUGACAGAGGAGCUAAAAGAACAAAUGAAGGCAAAGCGAAAAGAAGCAGAACUGCGUCAGGUGCAGUCUCAGGCCCAUGGACUGCAGAUGCGACUCAAGUAUUCACAGAGUGACUUGGAACAGACCAAGACACGUCAUUUAGCCCUUAAUCUACAGGAAAAGUCGAAGCUGGAGAGUGAACUAGCCAACUUUGGUCCUCGCAUCAAUGAUAUUAAGAGGAUUAUCCAGAGCCGAGAGAGGGAAAUGAAAGAUUUGAAGGAAAAGAUGAACCAGGUAGAAGAUGAAGUUUUUGAAGAGUUUUGUCGAGAGAUAGGUGUGCGCAACAUCCGAGAGUUUGAGGAAGAAAAAGUGAAGCGUCAGAAUGAAAUUGCUAAAAAGCGUUUGGAGUUUGAAAAUCAAAAAACUCGCUUGGGUAUCCAGUUGGAUUUUGAAAAGAACCAGUUAAAAGAAGACCAGGAUAAAGUACACAUGUGGGAACAGACAGUGAAAAAGGAUGAAAAUGAGAUAGAGAAGCUCAAGAAGGAGGAACAAAGGCACAUGAAGAUCAUAGAUGAGACCAUGGCCCAGCUCCAAGAUCUGAAGAAUCAGCAUUUAGCCAAGAAGUCAGAGGUGAAUGACAAGAAUCAUGAGAUGGAGGAGAUUCGGAAGAAACUGGGAGGUGCCAACAAGGAAAUGACCCAUUUACAGAAGGAGGUGACAGCUAUUGAGACCAAGCUUGAACAGAAACGCAGUGACCGCCACAACCUUCUACAAGCCUGCAAGAUGCAAGACAUUAAGUUGCCACUGUCUAAGGGUACCAUGGAUGAUAUUAGUCAGGAAGAAGGUAGUUCCCAGGGAGAAGAUUCAGUGAGUGGAUCCCAGCGAACAUCAAGUAUCUAUGCACGAGAGGCCCUCAUUGAGAUAGACUAUGGUGACCUGUGUGAGGAUCUGAAGGAUGCUCAGGCUGAGGAGGAGAUCAAGCAGGAGAUGAACACACUGCAGCAGAAACUGAAUGAGCAGCAAAGUGUGCUUCAGCGUAUUGCUGCUCCCAACAUGAAGGCCAUGGAAAAAUUGGAAAGUGUCCGAGACAAAUUCCAGGAGACCUCAGAUGAGUUUGAGGCUGCUCGUAAACGAGCCAAAAAGGCCAAGCAGGCUUUUGAACAAAUCAAGAAAGAGCGUUUUGACCGCUUCAAUGCUUGUUUUGAAUCUGUGGCUACCAACAUUGAUGAGAUCUACAAGGCCCUGUCUCGCAACAGCAGUGCCCAGGCAUUUCUGGGUCCUGAGAAUCCUGAGGAGCCCUAUUUGGAUGGCAUUAACUACAACUGUGUGGCUCCUGGCAAACGAUUCCGGCCAAUGGAUAACUUGUCAGGGGGUGAGAAAACAGUGGCAGCUCUGGCCCUACUCUUUGCCAUCCACAGCUACAAGCCAGCCCCCUUCUUCGUUCUGGAUGAGAUAGAUGCUGCCCUGGAUAACACCAACAUUGGCAAAGUAGCAAAUUACAUCAAGGAGCAGUCAACUUGCAACUUCCAGGCCAUUGUCAUAUCUCUCAAGGAGGAGUUCUACACCAAAGCUGAGAGCCUCAUUGGAGUCUACCCUGAGCAAGGGGACUGUGUGAUCAGCAAAGUCCUGACCUUCGACCUCACCAAGUACCCAGAUGCCAAUCCCAACCCCAAUGAACAGUAGCAGUAAUUUGCCUUCUGGUACUUUCUGGUCCCUAAAAUUCCUCCCUUUUCAUCCUCUGGAUGUUACA